AUGUUGGAGCAUUUUCAAGCUGAAGGGAACCUGCACCCCAGUGUCUGCUCGUCUACACAUGCAGAUAUAAAUCCUAUUGCCUGUAGCGUCGUGGUGCCAGCCAAUGCCGGAGCCCAGAGCCGGGCAGACGUGACUGGAACUGGCCGAGCCAGUUGCAAUGCCAAAGUGACGCCGUUGUCCAGUGGAAUGGCAGCGCAGUCUGACAGGACAGUCUUACUCGUCCUCCCGACACUCGGUGCAUCCAGCCUCACCGCCCGGUCGGCCCAGGCUACACUUGGCCCAGUUGCCACGACGCCUCUCGCCUCCACUUCCGCCUCGACCGCCGACGCUCCGUCCGCCAACUCCACCUGCCCCACCUCGACAGACCCUCUUCACGGGGCUCUCUCCCGACUUCCGUGGCGCCACAUCACCGACUUCACCGGCCUCACUUUGCAUGACCUCUGA